GCCCGUGCUGAAAAAAGAGGAAUACUCCUGGGACUCUGUGCUCUAGAGUGAUGAGACCAAGAUAAAUGUUUUUGGAACUGAUGACUUUAAAACUGCAUGGCGUCGCAAAGGUGAGAAGUACAAAGAAAAAUGCAUGGUACCUAUGGUGAAACAUGAUGGUGGCAAUGUCCUUCUGUGGGGCCGAAUGAGUGCUUCUGGUGGCGGGGAGCUGCAUUUUAUUGAUGGUAUCAAGAAUUCACAAAUGUACUGCUCUAUAUUGAAAGAGAAGGUUUCCAACAUGACAAUGAUCCAAAACACAUAUCUAAGGCCACUGUGGCAUUUCCGA